ACUCAGGAUGAACAAGAGGAGAAGACCUAGCUAUCGUCCAGAAGACCAAGAAGCCUUCUACCGACUUCUGGAGGAUCCCGUUAUCCAGAGCUUCUUGGAAGCUGACAUUUUCCUGAAGGUGUCUGACAAGUACCUGCUGUCCAUGGUGGUGGAGUACUUCGGCCGCGUGGGGCUGCCCGGUCACCUCUACAACAGGAUCCACUUCUUCCUGGCCCUCUACAUUGCCUCCGACAUGGAGGAAGACAACCCCAUGUCCAAGCGGAGCAUCUUCCAGUUCCUGCUGGGCAGGGAGCACUGGCCAGACCUCUACAAGGAGUUCCUCAAGUUGAAGGUGGAAUUCUUCCAUGCAAUGGGGCACCGAGCCUGGGUCACCCCCGAGCUGUGUGAGGAGAUCCAGGCUCAGAACCCACAUCACUGGGUCUGGAGUCGGGCGCGCCAGUGCGCCCCCUAGGUUCCCACGGAAACGGAGUGGGGAGUGCAGCUGGUCCAAGAAAACUCUUGAAAAUUCUGAUCUAAGUCAUGAAAACGUC